AUGGACGAGGCGAGAGAUGAUUUUGCACUGGCAGCUUGCUUGGGCCGGAUAGAUACGGUGCGCUCUUUGUUGGAUGCUGGUAUGCGUGCCGACACACUGGUGUGCGAUCAUAAGUCUAUGACCAUGCUGAUGGUGGCACGCCUGCGUGGCCAGGUAGACGUCGUAGAGUUGCUCAUCGAGCGUGAUGCUGCGCUGGACACCGUUUGGCGUCCCUACAGUCGCACCGUGUUGCAGCUUGCAUCUCGGCUGAGUCAUCUGAGCGUUGCAAAACUGUUGCUUUGCAAACGGGCCGACCCUCAUUUGCUUGACGUGCGCGGCAGAACGGCGUUGAUGAUAGAGGGCAUGAGGGCGCUCAUGUGGGCGUGUGCUGGAGCUCACGUAGACAUCGCUCGCGAACUGCUCGUUGCUGGGGCGGUUGUCAAUGCUUUGGACGAAAAGGGAAUGACGGCGUUGAUGUACACCGCAGCCAACGGAUCACUUUCGACCGUGCGUUGA